CUUCCUGACCUAAAUUGCGAAAACGAAAACAGGGGUUUCUUCAAGGUCUUUGCGAGAUCAUAGACAUAGACAGUUCAAAGUUAUAAGGAUGUAUGGGUUUGCUUGUUACAUGGACGAUAACCGAAGGAAAGUUUUGGUUCUGCCAAAAAAAUAUAAACAAUGGGUUAAAGAAUUUAACUAUCCAGUGGGCUUUGUGAAAGUGCGGACAACUAAUGGACAGGUGUUUGAAGUCAAGCAUAUCAAUCGUUUAUUUGUACAUCACAAGAUGGACAAUACCAUUCCAAACUAUCCAAUUGUUAUUAGAGGUCCUCGGAAGCAUAAAGUGUUUGUUCGAAUGGAUGUUAUUGACAAUCAGCUUUACAUAACAACUGGAUGGGAUCGGAUUAAGAAGAAAUUGUCAAUAACUGAUGAGCAUAUGCUUGUGUUUGAAAUGAUUGAUCUUCAUACUUUUGAUAUGUCCGUUUUCAAUUAUUCCAAGAAUGCUGAUUUAGUGUUGCCGCCGGAAUUAUAUGCUGCUGUUAAGGAAGAAGUCGUAGAAGAGGUUAUCAGUAUUUCUGAUGCUGAAGAUGCGGAUGGCGUUACUAAGGGCACAGAAGCGAAUAUGCUCGCUGUAACCACAAAUGACGAAACUAUUCCAGUAGUUUUCCGUGUGGACAAUCAUUUUCGCAUUAAAAAAGAUCUUGCUAAAAAAAUUGGCUUGGAUAGGAAUAGGAGUUUAAAGAUUGUAGAUGGUGAUGGUAAUGUUUGGGAUGUUCGAGUUGGUAUCGAGUCUCCGGAUGGUCGGUUUUACACAAAAACAUGAAUAAGUUUGUGAAGGAUAAAAAGAUGGUUCCUCGAGAAGAAUUUACCCUUAAGUUCAUCAUGGGUAAAGGUAUUUUCUUGUUUAACUAAUGGUUGUACGGCUGCUACAGUUAAUGUUAUGAUGUAUGGAAACAAUGUUUUUGGUUU